AUGGGAGCCUUUUUGCUCCUCUUCGAUAUUUUUUUACAUUUCAGAUUUAGUGCGCCAUUUUUUUGGAUUCCUAUUCUCACGACAAUAAUCAGUACGAUUGGCUUGCUCAAUUUCAAAGAAGAGAAUCGGAUUUGGUUUUUGUACAGUCCGUCGAGUGCACCAUCGCACUAUGAGCACGCUUUGGCCAGUGAAUUUUUCAACGACAGAGGUGGGAAAUUUUGGGCUGAGAUUCCGAUAACAUCAAGAGAUUCCGGAAAUCUGCUACGUGAUGGUUAUUUAGAGGAGGUGGAAAGUGUGGCUAACUUUCUGCAAUACAAUCUCACAGUUCCAUGUUCCCUUACGACAUCCGGGCAGUGUUCGUUCCAGGACUUUUGCUCGGGGUCAUGCAAUGAUAAUCAGGUGAUCCCGAUAUUUCGUCUGAUUUAUCGGAAUGUAUCACGUCGUCUGCAUCCCAACUUUCGUCUCACCUACCCCACAAUGCAUAUUUACAAUGAUGAGUAUUAUGUGGGUGAACAUUUUUCGGGCGUUUCAGUAGACAAGAAAACCAAUCGUAUCAGCGAUAUUCGGGUGAUCGUUCUGUAUUUCCGAAGUGAUCGUAAAAAUGAAAUUGUCAGCGAACUCAUCAACAGCUGGCAAUCUCGUCUUCUCAGCCACGUGAAUUCGUUUUACAAUCCUUUCAUAAAUGUCAGUUGCAGCAGCGAUGAUUUGUUCUCGAGUGAGGUACGGCGUAAUGGAUUCACUUGUAUCCCAUAUUUUGGCAUAUCAGUUUUAUUCGUUUUUAUAUUCAUUUUCAUUACGGGUCGCAAUCGUGAUGAUGAAUUGUUCACGUAUAAAGAUUCGCUUUUCAUCGCUUUCUUCGGUACGAUAGGACCGCUAAUGGCAAUUGCUACAACUUUCAACUUGAUGACUGCAAUCGGAUUUCCAUUCAAUUCAAUAACACUGGUAGUGCCAUUUCUUAUAAUUGGUGUCGGUUGUGAUGAUGUUUUUAUCAUAGUUCAUGCAUGGCGGAAGACCAGUUCAGCUGAUCACCUCUCGAAACGAAUUGCGAUCACAAUGCAAGAAGCUGGACCUUCAAUAACGGUAACCUCACUAACCAAUGGUCUCAGUUUUGGAGUGGGAGCCUUAGCGAAUACGCCGGCAAUACGACUGUUCUGUUUGUAUGCAGCAGUUGGGGUUCUCAUUGACUUCAUCUACCAAGUGACUUUCUUUGUUUCUGUGAUUGUUUACGAGGGUUUACGACUGACGAAAGUCGCCGAGACGAAAUCGAAAAUCGCUCUGGGAAUACAAAAAAUUCAGAAUCAGAAUCACAUUCCCGGAUCACACAAUGGUAUUGUUUCGAAGUAUUGCCGCAGGUUACGAAUGUGGCAGUACCGGGUGAUGGUUUUUGGUGUAUUGUUGAUAUAUUGGGCGGCUGCAAUAUAUGGCUGCCGAAAAAUGACCGUCAAAAUGGACAGUACGAACCUUUUGCUGGGUGAUUCGCCGCUAAAUAACGUUGCGUGGAUUUAUGAAAGAUACUUAUGGCAAGAAGGUUCAUUAGUUUUCGUUUUCGUCAACAAAUCACCAAAUUUAUCGAUCAAAAUGAAUCAGUUGAAUAUUCUCGAGAUGGUUCAACGUUUCGAAACGUUACCAUAUUCAAUGGGACGUAAUUCGACUUCCUUGUGGCUACGUCCGUUCCUUUCGCAUAUCUCAAUGUAUAACGAAUAUCAACAGCGUACUCGAGGAUUCUUUGAGAUACUCGCUGAAUGGCUCGAGGAUCAUGAGAAUGGCGGUGGUCGAUGGAACGAUAUGAUACGGUUGAAACGGUUGAAUGGUUCGGUGGUUGGAGUGGAGAAAUUCAUGUUUGCAACUGCAUCGGCAAUGGGCAACGCUGCGUCGUGGACACUGCGAGCACAACUGCAACAAGACUGGAGACGUCUCGCAAUGGACUAUCAACGCCUUAACGUCACCGUAUUUCAGCCGUUCAGUUUCUAUGUUGAUCAGCUGAAUUCGAUCAAACCAACAACAGUGAGUACAGUGGUUGUAGCAAUGGCAACAAUGGCGAUUGCAUGCCUCCUGAUGAUUCCAUCGGCUUCGUCCAUUAUUUCAAGUACAUUGGCGAUGAUAUCGAUCAAUUUGGGUGUGUUCGGUGGCCUAUCGCUACUCGGCGUUUAUCUUGAUCCACUGGCAAUGUGUACCACUCUGAUGUCUAUUGGCUUUUCGGUUGAUUUCACCGCACAUAUCAGCUAUCAUUAUUACCGAUGUCCGCAAGGAUGGCCAUCAGACGUGCGACUCGCUGAUGCAUUGAGAUCAAUAGGAUGGCCAAUGAUCCAAGCUGCCCUAUCGACAAUGUUGAGUAUUUCACCGCUACUAGUCAUUGAUUCUUACAUGGUAUACGUCUUCGUUAAGACCACAUUUCUGGUGAUUAUACUCGGAGUACUGCACGGUGUUCUCUUCUUGCCCGUACUUUUACUGACUAUCGGUGGUGCGUCAACGGUGAUCAAAGAUAAAUGCCAGCAGACGUAUCCACCAACUGGCGCAGAAGCGAACGGAAAUCCCAAAAACUAUAGCCUUGAACGAACAGUGACAUCAGCUGUACCUCAGGCGGCCGAAUUCGAGAAACAUUGUGAACCUUCAGAAAGGUCGCAGUAUUGA